CCCGCGUAGCUGCCUGACCCGGCACGCUCCUGCUCUGCUGCCGCCUGGGUCUCGAGCCUCAGGAGCCCGCGGACAUCGCCGGGCGCGUUGGGCAGCGCGGCCUCGGCGGGCGGGCAGCCGGCGCCCGGCUGGGGUCCUUGCGGGUCCUCGGCGGGCCCGGGGGAGGGCCCUCUUUGUGGCUGCAGUUGGCAAGAUGGCGCCAGUGGGGGUGGAGAAGAAACUGCUUCUGGGCCCCAACGGUCCCGCGGUGGCGGCUGCCGGCGACCUGACCAGUGAGGAGGAGGAGGGCCAGAGCCUAUGGUCUUCGAUCCUGAGCGAAGUGUCAACCCGUGCCAGGUCCAAGCUCCCGUCUGGCAAGAACAUUCUGGUGUUUGGUGAAGAUGGUUCUGGUAAAACAACUCUCAUGACUAAACUACAAGGAGCAGAGCACGGCAAAAAGGGAAGAGGUUUAGAAUAUCUCUACCUCAGCGUCCAUGACGAGGACCGAGAUGAUCACACACGCUGCAAUGUGUGGAUUCUGGAUGGAGAUCUCUACCACAAAGGCCUGCUGAAAUUUGCUGUUUCUGCUGAAUCCUUGCCAGAGACCCUGGUCAUUUUUGUUGCAGACAUGUCUAGACCUUGGACUGUGAUGGAAUCUCUACAGAAAUGGGCCAGUGUUUUACGUGAGCACAUUGAUAAAAUGAAAAUUCCACCAGAGGAAAUGAGGGAGCUGGAACAGAAGUUUAUGAAAGAUUUUCAAGACUAUGUCGAGCCUGAAGAAGGUUGUCAGGGUUCCCCACAGAGAAGAGGACCUCUGACUUCAGGGUCAGAUGAAGACGGUGUUGCCCUGCCACUGGGUGACAGUGUGCUGACUCAUAACCUGGGGAUCCCAGUGUUGGUGGUGUGCACAAAGUGUGAUGCAGUGAGCGUACUGGAGAAGGAGCAUGAUUACAGGGAUGAGCACUUGGACUUCAUCCAGUCACACCUACGGAGAUUCUGCCUCCAGUAUGGAGCUGCCUUGAUUUACACCUCAGUAAAGGAAGAAAAAAACCUUGACUUAUUGUAUAAGUACAUUGUUCAUAAAACAUAUGGUUUCCACUUUACCACGCCUGCCUUAGUUGUGGAAAAGGAUGCAGUUUUUAUACCUGCAGGCUGGGACAAUGAAAAGAAAAUAGCUAUUUUGCAUGAAAAUUUUACAACCGUGAAGCCAGAAGAUGCAUAUGAAGACUUUAUUGUAAAACCUCCUGUGAGAAAGCUGGUCCACGACAAAGAGUUGGCAGCCGAGGAUGAGCAGGUGUUCCUAAUGAAGCAACAGUCACUCCUUGCCAAGCAGCCUGCCACGCCCACAAGAGCCUCCGAAUCCCCUGCAAGAGGACCCUCUGGCUCUCCAAGGACCCAGGGCCGGGCUGGGCCAGCCAGUGUGCCAAGUGCCUCCCCGGGAACAUCAGUAAAGAAGCCAGACUCAAACAUCAAAAAUAAUGCAGCAAGUGAAGGGGUGUUGGCCAGCUUCUUCAAUAGUCUGUUGAGUAAAAAAACAGGCUCUCCUGGAAGUCCUGGUGCUAGUGGAGUGCAAAGCACAGCUAAGAAGUCAGGACAAAAGACUGUGUUGUCAAAUGUUCAGGAAGAACUGGAUAGAAUGACUCGAAAACCAGACUCCAUGGUAACAAACUCUUCAACAGAAAAUGAAGCUUGAUCCUUCUUUAAAAGUGCAUAUGUCAAAUGACCAAAUAAUUAUGUAUAUUGAUCUGCUAAGACCAGGAUUUUUCUGAUAUGGCACAUGCUAUCAGUUUUGGGGGUAGGGGAGAUGAACUUUUAAAAAUAUAUAUAUACUUCAUUGGCUUGUCCGAGUGUGAAAUGCACAUUUAGGAAGGGUACACAUCAGCCCCUUUAAGGAUGACCCUUAGACUCUCGGGCAUGUGGUUCUCCUGUGGGAAGCAAGCACAGCUGGGCUUCUUGUAGAGCAGAGAAAGGGGGCCCACUUCUGUCAGGGUGAAAUAAACAAGACUAGGAAAUCAUUGAUCGGAUGGUGGUUAGCCUGACCAGUUGCGUGUUAUCAAAUUCACUUGUUCUUGGGAAGCAGAUUAAGUAGCAGAAAGUCCAGGAAAGAGAAAGAGUUUAGGAGGAACAAGAGAAGUGAUGGGGUGGGGAAGCUGAAUGUUGAGGGAGGUGGAGGAAGGAGGAGAUGCGCAGUGUUAGUAAAUACUGUGUGUUCAGUAGACGUCGAGUAACAUUGUUUAAGAUUUAAAAUUGAAAGCAUUUCCAAACUAAACACUACACAAAAUGGGAAUUGGACUUGUUCUGAAUACAUCUUUAAUUUAUGGAAGAUGUGUUUUACAGGGGGUGCGUGAGUCAGGUGGAACUAAAA